UUUGCUGUCCAAAUUUUUGAGAUGUAUAAUGAGUUUGUUAAGAAUGAUUGUGACAUUGAAUCUGUUAAGAAGGACAGCAAAGCUUCUGCAUACGUAGCUGGUUUUGGUAUGUAUUGCAGUAGAAAAUGGAUUGAAUUAGAUAAUGUCUUAAUGCCUAUUAAUCUGAUUGAUUUGGCUCACUGGAUUAUGUGCAUUUUUGACAUACGUUUGAGAUGUCUUAAAGUGUGCAAUUCUAUGAGAUUUGGGAGGUACAAGAACUCAGAAAAAUUGGUUCGUGCUUUUGCUGUCAUGUUGCCUAUUUUGUUGUCACAUGUAAACUUUUAUGAUCAAAGGAAAGAUAUUGAUAAGAGCACAUAUUAUUUUCAAGGAAGGAGUGAGACAGACCCUUUGGAAAUUGUUAUGGUUCAAGAUUUGCCUCAACAAGAGCAGUGUGACUGUGGUGUUUUUGUUAUAAAGUACGCUGAGUAUUUUAUUCAUGGAUUGAUUGACAAGAUUCCGAAGGAGUUGGACAUUCCUUUUGUUCGAAAGAAGCUGUGUGUUGAGCUCUUUGUUCAUGCUAAGAAGAAGGAAGUGAGUGGUUAUGAAUCACCUUCAGAGUAUCCUGGGAGGAUGGAAAAGGAUGGAAAGAAAAAGAAGUAGUUGUUUAAUGUAGUUGGAAACACUUUUGUUUCUUGUUGUUUUGAUACUUUUGUACGGGUUAUUAUUGACUAGUUUGGGUAGUUAUGAACGUUAAACAUAUUAACCUUCUUUUUGCUUGGUCAUUUUGUCAAACGUAUGUAUGGAUAUUGGAACUAUUUUCAGUACCUUUAAUAUGAUAUUAAUGCAGGUUGCUUUUGGAGUUAA